AUGGCCGCUGGAAAGAAACAGAAAAAAGCUUUAGAAAGCAUCAACACCAAGUUGGCUCUUGUUAUGAAGUCUGGAAAAUGCGUCCUUGGCCUGAAGCAAUCGUUGAAAACCCUAAGACAAGGAAAAUCUAAGCUGGUCAUCAUUGCUAACAACACAUCUCCGUUAAGAGUAUCAGAGAUUGAGUACUAUGCCAUGUUGUCCAAGACUGAUGUUUUCCAAUACUCCGGCAACAACAUUGAAUUAGGUACCGCAUGUGGUAAAUACUUCAGGGUUGCUACGCUUUCAAUCACCGAUCCAGGUGAUUCAGAUAUCAUCAAAACUAUACCUACUGACCAAGCCAACCAAUAA